GAUUGAAUGUGCAUUUGGUGCAACAUAAUUAUGUGAAACAAUAUUACUACAUCUCACGUACAUUUAGCAAAUAACCAUCAGUCUUCAAUUGGCAUUUUUCCUUACGGAGUAAAAAUCGCUGUAAACAAAUGUAAACCACAGGACCAUGGCUUUUUUUUUAAUUUCGUGCAAUAUCUGAAAUAACUUUUCCGCUCUAAAGUAAAUAUUUUACAUAACGCUCAGCUUUGACUGACAGGUGGGCCAUUCAUUUAUGCUAAUAUGAUUUAUGUUCUGUUUACUUAAACGAUACUAUCUUUGCAUGUAAUUGUGAUAAAAGAUACAAACAUCUCUUGAAUAAAUUAAUAAAAGUUUCCCGCAUUGCCGAACAAAAUGUCCAACAGUAAAGGUGUUUACAAAAAUGUGCCAAAAUCGGAAAAAAAUGACGAUCCGCCCGAAUAUGAAGCGCCGCGAGGCUUUGGGGCACGUCACAUGCAAGUACUCAUCCUCUUCAUCAGCCUCUCCGUCGGUUUUACUAUCAAGUCGCAUCUCAGUGUUGCGAUGGUUGCCAUGACUUCUCAUGACUAUACCUGUGCAAAAAAUAUAAGCAAUGGGAAUCAGACAAAUGAAUUGAAUGUAACAGGUGUUGCAUGUGGCAGGGAGAAAGGGUGGAGUGUUUUUCAGACUUACGAUUGGAAUAAAAAGCAACAGGAAAUGACACUCUUCGCAUUCUUUGUCGGUUAUACAUCAAUGAUGCUGCCAAUGGGAAUCUUGGCCCAGAAGUUCGGCGGCAAGAUUCCUAUCAUGAUCGGCUUGGCUGUGAAUGGUGUCACCUCCAUUAUCACACCUUGGAUUCCCCAUUUUGCAGGAUGGAUGGGGGUGUGUAUAUGCCGUCUCCUACAAGGUGCAACGCAAGCAGCCUUCUAUCCCAGCAUUCACGCGAUGUUGGGCAAAUGGGCGCCGCUCAGUGAAAGAGGACGGCUCAGCACUUACGUAUACACAGGAUCUCAAUUCGGGACUAUAAUUUCCUUUCAAGUAUCCGGUUUCUUCUGUGGGAGCCCCAUCUUUGGCUGGCCAUCUUCCUUCUGGCUUUGGGGAUGUUUGGCCUUAGUUUGCUUCUGCAUGCUAGCACAGUUUGGCUCCGCUAGCCCUCAGCAGCACAAAACUAUCAGUACUGAAGAACUGGCAUUUAUCAUGGGAGAUAGUGCUGCUGACGCAGUUCCUAAGAAGCGGCGAACUCCUUGGAAGCAUAUCCUCACAAGCCCAGCGGUAUGGGCGCUCAUAACAGCACACGCAGGUUCAGCUGUUGGCUACCUGUUUAUCCUCACCCAAUUACCUCUCUAUAUGAACAAAGUCCUUGGCGUUGAUAUCAAGAAUAAUGGGUUGCUGUCAUCUUUACCGUAUAUUUCUAUGUAUUUUAUGGCUAUAGCCUUUGGGAACCUCACAGAUUUUUUGAAGAAUCGAAACUAUAUGAGCCUGAUCAAUAUUAGAAGAUUUUCGAAUACAGUUGGUAUGGUCUUAUCUUCCAUAUUUUUAUUAUGGACUUGCUAUGUAAAUACGACGUGGUUGGCCGUCACCUUAUUGGUUAUCAGCCUGGGGCUUCAUUCUGGAGUUCAUACCGGGUUUCAUAUUAACCAGAUAGAUUUAGCGCCCAACUUUGCAGGGCCAAUGAUGGGGCUGGGCAACAUGGUCGCCAAUUUGUCAGGCCUAUCUAUCCCAUUCCUAGUCUCCAGCAUCGUGGGAGAUGACGUGGUAAAUCAGCAUAAGUGGCAAAUCACAUUCAUCGUUAUGGUAGUGCUGCAGAUUGUAACAAAUAUGAUCUUUGUAAUUUUUUUGAGGGUCGAUCUUCAGCAGUGGAAUUUUUACGGCGACGAUGAAAACGAAGACACCGAUUCAAAAGAGAUGUGUCUCAUUAAGGACAACACAGUCAUUAAGGCUUAACCUAGGACGUCAUUGAUGAAGACAGCACCGAAGUUUUUCAUUCCUUACUUUAGUUAUGGUAAAAAUCAAUCAAUUUUAUAAACGAGGGUAGUUCAUUAAAGAAAUAUGUUUUUUCCGGCAAAACCAGGAAGGACCGAUAGGAAAAUGUAUUAAUCGGAUGUAAAUUUAGAUAGAUUAAAUAUAAAAUUUCCUGUUAUACUCCAGUAGUAGUACCACGAGUUGACACUUGACUUUUGCAUUAUCAACUGCGUAAACUCGAUCGCAGUCCAUUUCCCUCGCAAUGAUUGAUGCUAUAGAGGGGGUAUGCGAUCGAGUUCACGCAGUCGUUAAUGUAAAUAUCAAACGCCAACCUCGUGGUAGCAGUGCUGUUUGCUUGUAUGUUUCUGUGUUUUUAGGGUUCCGUAGCCAAAUGACAAAAAACGGAACCCUUAUAAAUUCGUCAUGUCCGUCUGUCUGUCCGAUUAUGUCAUAGCCACUUUUUUCCGAAACUAUAAGAACUAUACUGUUCAAAUUUGGUAAGUAGAUGUAUUCUAUGAACCGCAUUAAGAUUUUCACACAAAAAUAGAAAAAAAAAAACAAUAAAUUUUGGGGGUUUCCCAUUACUUAUAACUGAAACUCAAUUAUUAUUUUUUUCAUCAAUCGCAUACGUGUGGGGUAUCUAUGGAUAGGUCUUCAAAAAUGAUAUUGAGGUUUCUAAUAUCCGAGUCCGACUCGCACUUGGCCGCUUUUUUACUUAUGCAUGCCAGUAUUUUCUGUUAUAAAUGUAAUGUGUGUUUGUAACUUAUUAUCUACUCUACAUACAUAAGACAUCAUAUUCCAUAAAAUUCGAAUUAAGUAUAUACAUUAUGGCUGAAAAUAAAACUUAUUUUGUAGAAGCGGGGCAUCCCACGCAAGAACUUAUAUCUUAUCAAAAGCUUUAUUAAAAAGUGAAGUUUUUUUCAUUGUGUUACUAUUAAUAUAAUCUAUAGUAUAGCCAUACCAAACAAUGAAAAUGUCGCAAUCGCAACCUGUGCCAUGCGAUCAAAACGACGCUUAUGUGUUUAAGCCACGAGAUUUACGCUCCGCUUCUCUGGUUUGUUGUCAAAACAACCACAACACAUGACGCAAAAUACUGGUUCUCUGUGCCGGUUCUACACGUAGUAAUGAUAGGUCAAUGUUUCGUUUUUCAUGUUAGUAAUCUGGCGAAAAAUAACUUUCUUGGACAACUCGCCUCUAGAAUUUUGAAGAUCUACUUCAGACCUCCUAAAGCUCUAGUAUUGUAAGUUAACUAAUAUGAUCAUUCAAUAACUAUUUCUUUUAGUUUUAAACGCACCGCCUACAAUCUUUUCUGCUUUACCCUAAGGUUGACUGGUAGAGAAUGCCUCAUGGCAUUAAGUUCGCCUUUUGUACAUUAAGUUUUUCUUUAGUGCAAUAAAGUUUUAAAUAAAUAAAUAAGUCAUUCCAACAACUUUUAGAAUCAGACCAAGCUAAGUUGGUAGCAAUUUUGACAGCCCAGCCUGUGCAAGUGUUGUAAACGUCAUAAUUUCGUAGAUGUUUGACGUUUAGAAUAACACUUGCAUUGUCUGGGCUAUCAAAAUCGCUGCCAGCUUAUCUUGGUUUGACUACAUCGCCUUUUGGCUGUGCCAGUUUUUACUAGUUAGUUAAAGUAGUAUAUAUGUUUUUUUUUCUAACCUAGUCUUUAAAUAUGCAUAUGUGCUGAAAUUCUUGCAUAUUUUUGAUGAUGACAAUCAUAAAAUAAAAGAUUACUUUAUAGUAGGUAACACAUACAGAAAAAUAUAUUCUUAAGAUUAUAAUACACAUAGGGACACGUUUUUUUGCUCUGUACGAGAUAGACGUAACCUAAUAACAGGUACCUAAGAUUUUUGUUUUCCUGUUUUAGGUUUUUUGUCUUGUUAUUAUUUAUGUCAUAAUUGUGUUUUAUACAUAGUUUUGUCUAGCGAUAUUAUUUGUAUUAAGUGUCAUAUGAGUUUGGCUGGACUGUUGUUGUUUUUAUAUAUUAGCUGUUGAUAUUAGUGUAAAUAUGAACUAAGAUCUUGGAAUAGUUAUUUAAAUUAAUAUAAUUUUCUAGAUACA